UACACAGGAAGUGGUCAUAUCAAUAACACAGAUCAUUGUCCUAAAACUUUACCCAUCGCAAUAUGACAAUAUAUUUAAUAUUCGACUAUUACUUAACAGACAUCAGGGAGAGAUAAUGCCAAGAAAUGACAUUUCAGUCUCAGUCAACCCGAUUUGCGGACUAUUUCGUCAUAUGUGGCUUGGAUGUGAAGUCUGGUUUGGAACCAGAUCAACUGUCUGGUGAGCAUUUGCAAUGUGCUCCUUUAGAUCGUCCUUUUAAGUCAAAGGUAUUGGAUCAUUAUCCUGAAUCAGUGCCAUGGAAUGCAUUCGACAAAGUAGCUGUUGGGAUGCUCAGUUUUCCAAGAGGUUUAUCCUUUUGUAUACAGAAAGCUGACAGACAGCCAGAAUUUCAUUCAUUUAUCAUCACUAGAGAAGAUGGAACAAGAACAUAUGGGUCGGCAUUUAUUUAUUAUGAGGAAGUUACAGAUAAAAAAAUCUUGGCUGCCAUGCAGACAUUACAACAUAUGUUCUUGGCAGAGGUUGAAACAGAUGUGUCAGAAACUCUACAUAUUGAACAAGUAGGAGGAAAUCUUAGAUUUAGUCCCCAUACAGUAAAGAAAAGGACAAUUGACGAUUCGAAAAUUUACAAAUCAAACAAGGACAGACUGUAUGUCACAAAAUGUUUAUGUUUAAUUACUCAGCAACCAUUUGUUCAACCAACUCAGCAAUUUUUACAACAGUUAUACAGUGCUGUUUCAAAUCCAAAAGAAAUAGAGUAUUCACUAGAAUCGUAUAUUUACAAUGUUUUAUAUGAAGUACCAUUACCGCCACCUGGGCGCAGUAUGAAGUUUUAUGGUAUAAAGUCACCAAUAUUUUGUCAGCGUCCAAUGGACUGGCGAGAAGUUAAAGGUGUAAGUGAGCUGCCAUUGUUUGACUUCUGUCUAUCACAGCUGUUUGAAUACCUCGACAUAAGAGACAUCGUUCAGCUGUUUACAACAUUACUGUUAGAACAUCAAGUUUUAUUUUAUUCUUCUGAUUACCAGAAAUUAAUGUUAGUAGCAGAAUGUAUGAUGACUUUGAUAUUCCCGUUUCAAUGGCAGCACGUUUACGUACCUAUACUGCCAGCAUCACUCACCCAUUUCUUAGAUGCCCCAGUACCGUUUGUGAUGGGGUUACACCAUGGUAAAGAAAGCAGAUCAGAACUCACAUUACCUAGUGAAGCCAAUAUGUGUUUUGUUGAUAUUGAUGCCAGGACAGUUGAAGUUCCAGAAGAUUUACCAAACUUCCCUCACUCACAGGAAUUAAUUGGUGAACUUAUCAAAGUCAAAAACAAAUUUCAACAUACCAACAAAAAGUCUGCAAACAUGACCACCCGAAAGUCUUUCGCAAACCUCGACAAUUUUGACAGUUCAUUCAAAGACUCGAGAUUAAGCAACCAGAGUUGUCCAGAUCUUCAAAACAAACUAGAUAUUCUACAACAAAAUGAAGCUUUUAAUAGAAUCUCUGAGCUUGCCAAAAAAACAGGUGUCUGGAACACUAUUGAUGAAUUUUCUGAUAAAACAAAAGAGAUUUCUACUCAAAAUGAAGACAAUGAUCCAAGUUCUAUGAGUGAACAAGAAAUUACUCAACUUAACUAUAACAACACUGUUAGAGAAAUCUUUUUGAAUCAUUUUUUACACAUAUUUAGUUCAUAUGACACAUUUGUUAUUCCCCCAAAUCAGGAUAUGGAAUCAUGGUUAACAAAUCGAGAGUCCAUGCAGAACUUUGAUAAAGCAUCUUUUCUAAGUGACCAGCCCGAGGCUUAUCUCCCCUUUUUAUCAUAUUUCACUGAGACACAGAUGUUUGCUACAUUCAUUGACAAUAAAAUUUUAUCACUAUGGGAAGACCCAGAACCCAGUUUACGGAUAUUUGAUGGAAGGUUAAAAUUGAUGAAGGAGCAAGUAGGAGAGCAUGUCAGACAUACCUAUGCACCAUGUAAUACUAUUGAGGAUACAGAGAAUCUGUUGAAGAAGAGAGUGAUUUAUGUUGAUCAUGUUUCCCCCAAACCCCACAGUCUGGAGGGAUUAACCAUAUCUACAACUAUAGAACCUGGAUAUUUUCCACAUUUAAAUGAUAAAGUUCUCAAUACAGAGCCAGUUUUCAAGGCCAAAUCUAGAGAGGGAGCAAAAUGGAGAAAAAGAGACAGACAACUUCAACACUCAGAACAUUUAAAGAUGAACCCGGAACAGAGAGAGGUUGUUGAAAAACAUGCUAAGCUCUGGCUAAAAUAUCUACAGGAAGCUAGAAGUAAAAGCAUGAGACAACCAAAGUUAUCUGAUAUGUCGGCUUCAGCCAUGAUACAGACCAACUGGAAAUUUGUAGAAACUUUACUACAGGAGGGGAAAACAAAGACAAAAAGAAUGUUGGUAGAUAAGAUGGGACAUGAAGCUAUAGAAUUAGGUCACGGUGAGGUUAACAUCACGGGUGUGGAAGAAAACACAUUGAUAGCCAGUCUAUGUGAUCUGUUAGAGAGAAUCUGGUCUCAUGGAUUACAGUCCAAAAAGGGGAAGUCUGCUUUAUGGUCCCAUCUUAGAAGUUUUCUAGAAUUAGAGGAAUGUAAACAAGGCAACAGAUAUUUGGAUCCUAAUUCUUUGUCUCCUGAGACAAAACCUAAGAAUGACCUAUCGACUUCUGUCAUGGAAAUAUAUAUGUCAAUUUGUAAUGUAGCAAAUUUGGCCUUGGAUGAUUUUCAUCUUAAACCAAUGGAAAAGAAAGGUCACAAGAGAAAAGGAAGUUCUGGCAGGAUAGAGUUACCUAAACUAACACCACUUCCUACUUCUAUAACUCAUGAUUUAAGGAAGGUUAUCCAGAUGUCAGACAUUCGUACAGAUGUAGGACAAUCCAGAGCUUUUGUACGACUGUCUUUAGAAAAGAAGGUCCUAGCAACUCAUUUAAAGACUCUACUGUCUGAUGCUGACUUACUCAGAACUUUAUACAAGAGAUAUGCCUUCCUGCGAUGUGAAGAUGAAAGAGAACAGUUUAUUUACCAUCUGCUAUCAUUGAAUGCUGUGGACUAUUUCUGUUAUACCAAUUCUUAUCCUAAAACUGUUGUGCCGUACAAAGUAAUGAUUUAUCCUAGUCCAAAGUUUGGUUGUUCUACAACAAGUGCCAAUCCUUGGGUGUGUAUAGCAGGACAGUUAGGAGAGACUGGACCUAUAGAGAUGCCUAAAGGAUUUCUAGAGUUUAAUGUUGAGCAUAAAAACUUGGGUGUAUUAACAACAUUAAGGAUAGGUCACGACAACGGUGGGAUAACACCUAGAUGGCUGGUAGAAUAUGUUCUUGUUAGGAAUGAACUGACUGGUCAUACAUACAGGUUUAACUGUGGUAGAUGGUUAGGUAAAGGAGUUGAUGAUGGAAGCACUGAAAGAUUACUGGUGGCUGAGUUAUUGUCACGUAAUAUGGAUAUAUAUGAUUUAGAUUUGGCUGUGCAUUACUCAUCUCCUCCUAGAUUGGGUUCUCCUAAGUCACCAAAGAGGAACACAGAACAAAGUUUAAAAAUUCCACAAAUUCAAGAGGCACUGGGCCAUGCUGUCAAUAAUCUUGUUAAACAUUACUAUAAACCAGAAAAGGAGAGAGGAAGUCUGACAUUUUUGCUGUGUGGUGAACGUGGACUGGUUCACUGUUUAGAGCUGGUAUUUAAUUAUGGCUUCAGAUCCUCAAGGUUGUUCCGUAAUAAGAUGUUUGUCUGGGAUUUUCUUGAGAAAGUGAAAUCCCAUGUAGAAUGUGUUAUGUCAGGGCAAGUGAGAAGAGCAACUAACAACAAUCCAUUUAUAUUAUGUGAUCUGAUCGAUAAAAUCAACGCCUCAGCAGAAACUAUUGGGAAGGAUGGAAAGUUUCAAGUAUUUGUCUGUGUAGGGAUUAGAGACCAUACGUUACAGAAACUGAUGCCAAUAAUUGCCAAUACUCCAAUCACGGCACAGUUGUACGAGGAGUCAUCAUUCCUACGUAAUUCUAGUCAUAUAAAGUAUCUAGUUCACAUACUCAGCACAUUGGACGAGUUUACAAUCACUUUAGAGUCCUCAUUACUUCGAGGGAUUAAUAUCUGAUUUUAAUACAUUGUUAGUUUGUUUAAAUUGUUGUGAUAAGAUUUGUGUUUGUGAAUGUAUAUAUCUAAAAAUCAAAUUUUUGUGAUUUUUUUAUGUAAAAUAAUAUAUUCAAAUGGUUCUAGCCUAGGUGUUCUUUGGCACCUGGAUAUUUAUUGCUUGCCAUUGGAGAAAAAUUAUUGCAUAAUCAAGAUUCGUUUUCAUUUUUUACCUUCAAUGCCCUUUUAAACAAGAAAAAAAAAAUAUUUUACAACUCUUUUAAUUUUAUUUAUAGUACUGUGAUACUUGGACUAAUGUUUGUAUAAAAGAUAUGUUACAAUAUGCUGGACAUGUUGGUUUUAUAAUUUACUUGUAUCAUCUGAAAAAGCCAAAGUGUAUGAUUAAUGCAUAAUAUUUGGAUAAAUGGGAUACUUAUAUAAAAGUAAUCUAAUUGGUUGUAUAGCUAUGGUAUGACACAUUAUCUAGGUCUUCCUAUGUUUUAAAGUAUAUGAGUAUAUGAGUAUAUUGGGGUGAUACCACCAGUUUAUGAUAGCCCAUCUUUAAUAGUGGAGUUGAAAAUAAUUAUUAAUUGUUUGUUCAGACUGGGCCUGGAUUUGUGGUUCUAUACCUUAUGCCAUUGAACACAUAUGAUUUGGGGGAUUUCCAUAACAAAACUUCUAUUCAAAUUUUGGAGAUUGAAAUAUCAAUUUAGGCACAUUAUUUUUCAGUGAAAUAAAAUAUUUUAAUGAUUGAAUAUUGUAGAUUAAUUUAUUUUCGUGGGUACCAAUUUUUCGUGGAGUGAGGAAACAUUGUUUUUUCAUGGAUAUUUUAUUUCAUGGUUUUGGCAAAGUCUGCACAUAAGCCGAUAGAAAAUGUGUACAUUGUUGUACAUUUGAAUUUCGUGGUUCACCUAUGUCCACGAAAUCCACAAAAUUUGUAUCCCACGUAUAAUAAUGAAUUCACAGUAACAGUUUAGCUUCAAAUGAAAGUUUAGCUUAAAUUAAGUUAGACUAUGAAUGCAUGAAUACAACACAUUCUGGUGCUCAUUUUAAAAAUUUUAACUAGCUUUUUAUUGCAUAAAGGAAAAUAAACUUUCCUCAAAGAAGAUACAAUACAAAUUUUUACUUUCAGUUUCAAUUUUGAAGAAAAAUUACAAUAAACACAUUAUAAAUUGUUUCUACAAUGAAUUAAGAAUUCAAAGAAAUACAAUGUAAUGCCCUUAUCAACUGAAAUAUCAGUCUUUUAUACAGAGCUAUUUGUUUUACAAUAUUGUAGUAAUGUUUUUGGUUAUGUACUUCUUACUCCUAAAACCUGAUGCAAUGUUAUUGUUUUUGGUGGUAUUACCCCUUUUAAAGAGAACAUAUAACAUUGGUCACAGAAAGUUUUCAGAAGUAUUAAAUUCUGUGAUAAUAACACAGGGUAGAAAAUAAAGUUGAGCAUAUUUAAUGUAUGUAUGUUAUGUUUAUAUUUUUUAUGUGUUGUGACUUUUAUAUGGUGCAUUGUGUAAAUAUUGUGCUUGAUAAUCUACAAAACCGUGAAUUGUUUUCCAUGUAGCAGUUAUGUUGUGCUUAUUAACAUCACAUAGUUUCAGUAUUGUUAUAGAGUCUGGUCAAAGCUGAUAUAAAAUAUGUUAAUAUUUUACUCAUAUACAAUAGCUGUUUUCACAAGUUGUUUAAGACUUAUACGUUAUCUCUUGUCUCAAAAUUAUUUUUCUCACCACCAAUUUAUAUUGCAGAGUCUUCAAGCUAUAAUGUAAAAUAUUAAUUUUGAGUCAGUCACUUGCAUAUAAUACAGAAAAAUUUGUUUAGAUGAAGUGCUUCUUUGUAAGUAAUUGCGCCAUUCAUUUCAUAGCUUUUUUUUCAAAUUUUAAUUAACCUUUAAGUUCAAUUAAAUAAGCUUUACCAUACUUUUGCUUCUUGCCAAUGUUUAUGCCUGACCAUAAUUUUAUCCACUAUAGCUUGGUGUAUAUUCAGCUUUCUCUUUUUAUAAAUUGAUUUAUUGAACACAAGUAAUAUUAAGUCCAUUUUUGUUGGAUUUGAUAAGUCAUUGUAAAAUUUAUUUAUUAUAAAAUCCCCCACUUUGUAAAGAAGGAACAUGCACAAUGAUCAAUUUGUCCAUUUGUUAGUUCAUUCCUUCGUCUGCUAGUCUUUUAUACAAGCAAAUCCUUCAAAAUCAAGGAUUGGAUUUCACUGAAACUUAUGAUAGGCUAAGUGCCUCUUGACUUUUUAUGCUCUCUACUUUAUUUUUCAUACUAAAUGUUUUGUUUUUUUGUGAUUUCUAAAAGCAGAUAUGCUUUGCCAUUUCUACAUACUAAGUGUUGAGGGUCAAUAUAUAUCGACAACUCUCACAAAACCAGUUACUGGAUUUAAAUAAACCUUUUAGAAAAUAUUCAAUACCUAGUUAUGGCUUUUUAACAUUUCCAAUUUUAAUUUUAUUCUGAAUGAUUUUGAGGUUUCCCAUAGUAAAACACAGACUCAGUUUUAUGUGUUCAAAUGGAAUAAGAGGAGGUUUGAAUUUGCUAGCUCACUACCAUUUUUUAGCUUCUUUUUAUUUUUUACCUUAUAUGACAAGUUAACACAAAUUCUUAUUGCAAUAUCUUUUGAUUUGGUUAUAAUAUGAUUGAAGAUGUUUAAACUUGUAUUAACAUUGUCAGUUGUCUAGAAGUUUUAUCUGUUAAUAUUCAAAGUUCACUUAGUUCUGGACUUUAUUGUGUUCUGUUAUUCGUGCAAUAAUUUCCACUCAUGCUUUUCCAAUGAAAACAUCAAUGUUGAUUUGCCAUCUUCGAAAGAAGAUCAACUGGCCAUGUUUAUUGCAAUCAUUUCUAUAAUCUUACAUAAAGUUUUCAAAAUAAAACACAUAUAUUUUUGUAUGAAUGUGACAAAAUUUUAAUCCUAAAUUAGUCUCGAUAACAGUAUUAUCUUUUAAUGGCAUGUUAAGUGAGUGGUGUUUAAUUCAUCGUGCUGCGGCGUCCUCCAACAAUGAAAACUGGUCACAAUAAUAAAGCCAAUAGUGUUGGAAGUGGCAUUAAAGAUCAAUCAAUCAUCAACACAAAUUUAGAUAAAAGAAUAACAAAUUAAUCUUAUGCACCAUAUGAACAAUUCAGUAGAAAAAAAUAGUUCAGAAUGGAUAAAACAGAAAUUGACAGACUCAGUUUGGAUAUAUUACGGUAAUUUCCUUUUUUUCCAAAUGAAAUAUAAAGUCUUCAGAUACAGUUAUAUCUUCAUAUUUUUUGAAAGAAGGCUUGAAAGUAUAUGCAUUUUUUUUUUUUUUUUCAGUAGCAAUUUAACCUUUUGUGUAUGAGAAUAUAAGAUUCAGUCCUGUCAAUAACAUGAUUGUAAUUUUUAUCAGUAUAGAAAAUUGUUUGUGCCAAAUUUGACAUUGUUAACUUUAAUAUAGUAAAUUUGUGUACUUUGUUUUUUAUGUCCAUAAAUAUAUAAUGGUAUAUGUACGGAAAUGCAACAGUUCAAGAAAUGUAAAUGAACUACACAAGAUUUUUUAUGUUAUGACCUUUUUCUUUAUGUACUGUCAAAUAUAUGCAUUUGUAAGGGGGAACUCAAAUCUUAUAACUGUUCAAAGUAUCCUCCUUUAACCAGAAAAAAAAUCAAUAUUGCAUCAAUGAUAGUUAAGUAGCUAGUUAAGAAUUCACUUGUAGGUGUAAGGACAAAAGGAAGGAAUUUCAUAAUUUUAACUGAUAUAAGGAUAACAUUUCAUUUUCCUAGAAUAUAUUUCCUGUAUAUUUUUUUUUAUUUUGUUCUUUUACAUGACAUUUUCACAACUGCUCAAUUUUGUUAAUUUUUUUUUACCUUUGUUGUAUUUUAUGCAAACAGAUUACUUAGAUUUUCAUAUUCUAGUUAUCGUUCAGUUUUGUUAAACACAAUUUUACUGCAGGCAAAUACAACAGUAAAAGUUGUCUGUAAACACAAAAUUCAAAAAAAAAGUUUUAAUUGGCCUUUGAAUAAAAAUGUGCACACCCACUCAGUUGCAAUAUUAUUACACUAUUUAAUGACAGUAAUUGGUAAAUGAAUUACCAAGAAAUGUUAGGGCUUAUCAUUUUGAAGAAAUGAGGUUGUAUAAAACGGUUUCUUAAGAUCAAGGUAUCUAUGCUUUUAAAACAACAAUAUAUUGAAGUUACAGGACACACAUGAAUAAUACAAUUUAUACCUUCCUUGUUGAUUUAAAAUCAAAAUUUGUUUAUUUUGAUCUCCUUAGUUCUUAGAACAUUUAAAAUAAAAAUGUAGAUACCAA